AUGGCCUCCGUGCGUCUUGGUUCGAGUGGGGGCGGUGCACACGUGGACAAGUUCACGCUGGGCCCCAACAGCUCUGCCAUGUUCCGGCGCUGCAAGACGGAAAUUUGCGGAGGCGGCCUCCGUGCCGAAGUCUACCAGCAGGACGCUGGGAGUUCGGUUCUGUUCCAGAACUGCUCGGCGGAUGAUACUGCCGGCUAUGGUGGCGGUGCGAGCGUGUAUGGCAACUUCAUGCAGGGCCCCCACAGCUCUGCUAUCUUCCGCAGCUGCAGCGCGGGUUUCCAAGGAGGCGGCCUCCGUGCCGAAGUCUACCAGCAGGACGCUGGGAGUUCGGUUCUGUUCCAGAACUGCUCGGCGGAGAAUUAUGGCGGCGGUGCGCACGUGUCUGGCUUCACGCAGGGCCCCCACAGCUCUGCUAUCUUCCGCAGCUGCAGCGCGGGUAACAAUGGAGGCGGCCUCCACGUCACAGGCAGCUACCAGCAGGACGUUGGGAGUUCGAUUCUGUUCCAGAACUGCUCGGCGGAGAGGGAUGGCGGUGGUGCGAGCGUGAAGACCUUCGCACAGGGCCCCAACAGCUCUGCCAUCUUCCGCAGCUGCAGGGCAGCACAGUGCGGAGGCGGCCUCCAUGCCAACGGCGGCUACCAGCAGGAAGCCGGGAGUUUGGUGCUCUUCGAGCACUGUUCGGCAGAAGGUGGGGGUGGCGGUGCAUGCGUGAAGGCCUCCAAACAGGGCCCCAACAGCUCUGCCAUCUUCCGCAGCUGCAGCGCUGCAGAGUUCGGAGGCGGCCUCUACGUCAAAGGCAGCUACCAGCAGGAAGCCGGGAGUUCGGCGCUGUUCCAGAACUGCUCGGCGGAUUGGGAAGGAGGUGGUGCUUACACAAGAAGCCUCGACGGCAACGGCUCAAUGCACUUCCAGACAUGCCGUGCAUACGCAGGUGGUGGCCUGCGAAUUCCACUGCUCCGCACAAUGCGCCACGGCGGUUCGCUCGCAUUCGAGGCGUGCAGUGCCAGCAGCAUCGGUGGUGGGCUUUACUCCAGUGCCGACCAAGGACGGUUUGCAAAGCUGCGUCUUGAUCGCUGCGAUGCUGACGUCGCUGCAGCUGCCUUCGCUGCCAUUGCAGGCGAUAGCACAGAAGCGGAAGUUCGAAUCGAGGAGCUUUCGCUGCUGAGUGGCAGCUCAAGCCAUGUCAGCGACUUCGCAAUUUCAGGCGAGUUGAAGCUCCGUGCCGUUGACUUGCACACCGUUCACCAGCAUACAGAGUCCAGCUUUGGCAUCUAUAUCGCGGCGCACGAUCUCGUUUUCGAACACGAGAUCGAUUGUACGAAGACCGCCACCUGCACGUUCUUGGCGAACGCCAGCCAAAGCGCUGGUUUCCAGUGCCCUUUGGGCACAGGUGUAGUGGACUUCAGGAACUCGGAGGAAUUUGGCUGCCUCGCAUGCAAGCCAGGGGACACACAGAUUUGGAACAUGACGAACAGGUCGUGCAGCAGGUGCCCGGAUGGGGCUCUUACAUGCCUGGCCGGCGAGAUGAAGAUGGAGCGUGGGCUCAUGGUGGAGCUUCAGGACAACCUUGCGAACCUUAGCCGCAGCUUCCAUUGCCCUAACGAGGCUGCCUGCCCCGGGGGCAACGUGUUCCAGGGGCGCAUCGAAACGGCCAUGUGCCAAGAGGGCUAUCGGGGUCCGGGCUGCACGAGCUGCAGCAAUAGCCAUGCGAUGGCAGACAGCAGUGUGCUUGCAUGCACGGCCUGCAGUGAUGAUCGCGGUAUGCAGGUGAUGCAGUGGAUCGCAUUCCUGUCGCAGCGCGCCUUCCUGUUCGGACUUGCGGCCAUGAGUGUUCUCAGGGCCACGCGGGCUGGUGAAUUGGCACACAGCGGCAUCUACCUGAACCAGCUGAUGGCUUUCAGCACGAUCUGCAACACGAUCCUUGAAGCGGUUUUGAACACCAAGACGGCGAAGGACAUGAAAAGCGAAGCCGUGAACUUCUUCUUCGAUGCCACUGUGACCAUGGCUGAGACGGGUUCCGGACAAGGAUCCCCACUCAACACCUCCUCGCAGUGCCUUUUGUCCUACGUCGGCCUCGGCAAGACACUGUUGGGUGCUCACCUGCUGGAUGUCGUUGUGGCAGUGGUGCUCGUUGCCUUGCUAUCAUUGAGGGAUUCUCGCGCAGCCCUGGUUGCAGGCCUGAAUUGCUUUCAGCCGACAAUCGUUGCCGACUUCGGCAAGUACAUGGUCUGCUACCGCGUGCUGCGAGACGGCGGCUCUGGCCUGCAGGGCCGCCUCUUUCCUUUCCUUCCCGGAGAUUCGGGGCUGACUGGUGUCUUGCAGGUGGGCGGGGGCCUCCUCUUGUUCAUGACCGCCUGUGUCUGCACAUGGCUCAACCUCUCCAGAUCCGCGGAGGAGCCUCUACCCAGCCAUGUGGUCUUCCUGACCAGCAAGUACCGUCCGGAGUUCUCGCUCUUCGAAACAGAGCGGUUGGUCAGGAAGACGCUUUUCACCUUUAUCGGAGCGCUGCUUCCCAUUGCCUCCUCGCCGGCCUUGCGGAUGGGAGGCCUAGGCAUCGUGGUUUUGACCUCGCUGUCGCUGUACCACCACUACCAUCCCUACCAGAUGUCCGAGUGGAACCGGAUGGAGAUCAACCUGCUUUCCACGGCGAUGUUCAUGAUCAUCGGCGUCUCAACCCUGCUUGCAAACGAGCUCCACUGGGGGCAUUCUGUGCAGACUCAGCGGCUGAUCAUCGUCGCGACUGCAGUGAUCGCAGCAGGGGCCAGUGCAUUCAUGUCUUUUCGCGUGAUUCAAGAGCUCGUCCGGGAGCGAAGGCCAUCAUCCAAGUGA